UAUUAUUAUUAUUAUUAUUAUCAUUAUUAUUAUUAUUAUUAUUAUUAUUAUUAUUAUUAUUAUUAUUAUUAUUAUUAUUAUUAUUAUUAUUAUUAUUAUCCGUAAAAUUUAUGCGUUUGCGAGCGUACCGACUAUAUUCUUUUAUUAAGGAGCCGAUGAUAACGUCGAGUAACGUCCUGAAAUGAAUUUUAUUGAAGAACCCUUAAAAGAACACACACAGACAUAGACAUACACACGCACAGAUUUGAGUCGGUACGUUUGACGAAAAAGAAGAAAAAGUUAUUUGUCUGUAUCGCGAUUUUUUUCGAGUGCGCAACCAUCGAUCAUAAUGAGUUUCCAUUCGUACGAUAAGGAAAGAAACGCGAAAUCGAGGCCGAAGGGAACGUUGUUUAGAAUUCCUAGUUUUUAGUUCCUACACGCAUAACUCGCGCGUUAUUUAAACGAGAUAUAAACGGCGAUUAGAGCGAGGAGAAAGAAAAAUAUAUGAACGAAAAAAAGCAUGCCGCACCAGAGAAGUUAACGCUAAACGUGACGUGAAAAUAAUAAAGAGAGAACGAUUUUUAACGUUUGUAUUAAUAAAUAUUAUUUCCAAAUCGGUUGAGGUCAACAAACCGCUUGCCUGCUUUUCCGACGACGACGACGACGACGACAACGACGACGACGACGAAUAAACGCGGCCUUUUCCGACUUGUCCUUCGCUUUCACGCGCUUCUCGCCCAAAAAAAAAAAUAGAUAUCAAAAUAAUAGUCGAUUGAAAUGAAAAUAAAAAAAGAAAAGAAAAGAAAGAAAAAAUAAUUGAAAAAAAAAAGUAUAUCGAGCUCCUGGACAUAAUAAUGGAUAAUGAGCCUGGUAUCCACGCCACGAGGACGAAGGAACUACAUGUAGGUAAGAUAAAAACAGAAAAAAAAAAGGAUAAAUAUAAAGAUAAAUGUAAGAGAACCGUAAGAAAAAAAAAAUAUUCUAUUGAAUUUAACGCAAAUAGAGUUAAUUUAAUACGCGAUUGUUUUCACACAUUAGAAAGAGAUAAAAAGUAGGAAGAGGAUAAAGAAAAUAUCACGACCUCAUUUUCUUUAUUCCACAUGCAUAUAUCGAUAUAAAGAAGUUACGAUAAAUCAGAGACAACGAAAUAUUCUCGACAAAUUCUCAUGGGAACGAUAAACUUGUCGUACUUUCGACGUUCUAGUAAAUUAUGCGAAUGAAAAAUCUUCAUAGAUCUGACAUAUACGUAAUAAUGUUGAAAGAUUUACGCAUACGUAAUAUUACAUAAAACCUCUUCAAAUCGACACCGUUUCAUCACAAAAUUAUUAUUCGAAUGGUAAUAUGAUAAUUACACUCUCGAAAAUUUAACAACUUUUGUAUCAAGUGACGUAACCAUACAACUUCGAUACCGGAAGAUAACUUUCCAAAAGAUUUCGAUUGAUUGCUCUUUCGCUUCUCUUCGUUGAAACAUUUUCUAUUUUAAUAAAGAAAGCAAUGGAGAUAUGAAGAGAUUAGUAAAAAAAGAAAUUAAAAAAAAAAAAAAAAAAAAAAAAGAAAGAAAAAAAAAAAGAGAAACAAACAAAGAAAGAAAAAGUCUAUAUAAAAAUCUCGAAGGUUAAGGAUAGUAUCCAAGAGGAUGCACGUCGAUGUCAUCAAUCACGAUUUCCCUCUAUUGUCUUUCGAAGGGAACACUAACUGCGUAACAUAAAUAUACAAGCUGUCUCUUCGUGUUUCUACAAACUAUUCUCCGACCACGCAUCCCUUUCUCUCUCUAUCUCUCUUUAGGCAAGAGAAAAAACUGACGAAAUCGUCGAGUUCGUUUCUCGAAAAUAUCUCAACUUAUCCUACGGCGAAUGUAACGAAAGAUUACUUACACCUAUAACAAUGAAGAUAACGAAGCAUGAGCCUAAUCGGUAAGUCGAAAUGACUCGAUCUUUCCGCAAAUGGAAAUAUCGGUGCUUAACGAUCAGACAGAUUCAUAGAGAUCGAUAGUCGCACGUGUUUCAUUCCCUCGUCGUCAUUUCACAAGCAUCCAUCCUAUCAACUUUUACGUAUCGUUAUUUUUAUUAUUAUUAUUAUUAUUAUUAUUAUUAUUAUUUUUAUUAUUAUUUUUAUUAUUAUUAUGAUUAUCGAAAGAAAAGGAUUGAGGCGAAGAAGAGGAAACGAAAGGUAACGAUACGGCACCCUUCGAAUGAUCGAGAUCGAUCAAGCCGAUAAAUCGCUACCGUUAGGAUGGAUACUGUUUUCUUCGUGGAAUGCAAUAUGGGUUCGGUUAAAAGCAAAUCACGGAGUAGUAGCAGAAAUAAAAUGUCAACGAUGUCGCGGCAACGAUGUUGCACCAAAGAGCAAACGCAUCCUUUUAAAAGGUUCUGAGAUAGAGAGUAUUGUUAUGUGAUCUGGCGUACCCUUAAACGAGUGAGUUCUCGUUCUUACGUUCGUGACGACGUUGCCCUUUCCACGUCGGAUCCGUUUUCAAAACCGACAACCGAUAUGAUAAUGUCUCUCAUCCGUCUCUUAUCCACGAAAGAGAUCGAGAAAAUUAUAACGAGACCUAGUUAAAUGGUAUAACGAUUUUAUUAUGGAUCGUGGACUUUGAGGAUUCGACGAAACUAUUAGUCCGCCAUAUUGAAAGACACAAGAUUAUACAAUUAUAACAUCGAACGUGUUGAUUUAAAUUCGUCAAAGUGUCAAAAUAAGACUCGACGAUCAUAUUUCAAAUAUAAUAUAUCUCAUUAAACGAAAUAAUCGCGAUUCAUUAAAAAUUCGAAUGAGAUUAAAUGAAAUUGGAAUGAUUAUUAUGACGUAUAGCAAGGGAGAAAAGAAACACAUUUUUAUGGAUAAAAAUUUCAAUUUUUUAAGAUUUAAAGAUAGAGGAGAGAGGGUCGAUCGUGUUUUCCUUUCUAAAUCGAUGAAAUAUCGAUGUCAUGUAAAUGUCGCGCUAAAACAGGAGUAGAAAGAGAAGAAGGAGGAAAAGGAGGGGAGAAUAUCGAGUAGAACUUGGUUCUACGAGGGCGAUCGAACGAUCGAUGAUUCUCGGUGCAUACAUCAUCGGGGAAGAAGAAGAAGAUGAAGAAAAAAAAAAGAAGAAAAUGGUAGCUACCUUUGCCUCUUGUUGUUCUUCUCGACAUAGUCAAGGAACAGUAGAAGACAGUAGAGAAAUGCGGAGGGGGAAAAAAGCGUUCAGUUGCGCGGAGUAUAUAAGACACGGGGGAGCCAACGAGCUCGGUAGAAUCUCUCCUAGGACAAAGGAGCUAGGUGAUUUCGUCGCGUUUCGAUACACACAUAUAUAUAUAUAUAUACAUACAUAUAUAUAACAAAAAAAAAAGAAAGAGAAAAAAGAGAGAAAGAAAAGAAAGAAGAAAUAAUCACGCAAAUAUAAAUCUUCGUGUUUGCGAUCGAUCGACCGACCGACCGACCGACCGACCGAUCGAUCGAUCGUUCGUUCGUUCGUUCGUUCGUAUUAUAAGCUAAUCGAUCGUAUUUAAUUACCUUACGUACGUACGUGCGUUCGUGUCGUGUUCGUGGGAUAUGCCAUUUCGAGUGUGUCGUCACAACAAGUGAUCGUCGUUCUCAGCACCAUCGCCAUGGAUCCUCGUCGAUUUAUCGUCGCACGAUCGUUGGUACGUUCCAUGUGGAAAAUAUAAAAAGGAAAAAAGAGAAUUAGAAAAUAAGAGGCAAGAAACGUUAGAGAGAUCGAAAAUCCUCAUAAAUCACAGAGAGAGAGAGAAAGGGGGGGGUGGAGAGAAAGAGAGAGUCUAUCUCGUCUCGUAUCAUCCUUUCGAAUUAUUACGUGAAAUAUAUUAUCAUAAAUAUAUAGAUAAAACAGAGAGUACGAUUAUCGUUCUUGUUUUAUUUCUUUCUUUUCUUUUUUAUUUAUAAACAAUAACAGGAUUGACCAAGAAAAAAAUAUAUACCUGCAUAUAUACAUAUUUAUAUAUGUAUAUAUAUAUGUAUAUUUCGAACGAAGAAGUAUUCACAAGAUUCUCUCGUGCAUUUCAUUCGAAUGAACAGCUCUCGACCUCUCCGCAUGAUCAUAAAUCCCGCGCGAAUGUCGUGGUUCCCGUUACAUUCACGCUCCUACUUACAAACGUAACCACCAUAACAACGUUUUAGAUUCUCUUAGCCGGCGAACAUCGCGACUGCAGUAAUGAUUUUUCUCUCGAUCGAGCAUGUACUUUAGCAAUGAAAUUAUUAUACCUUUUAUCCAUUGGUUACGUCGCCGUUUGUCUUCUAUACGCGACUUACUGUUCGGCUGAAAAAUUGUCACCCGAUCAAAAGGCCCCACCUUUCGCUCGUGGCUCCGGUGGACUUAUUUUGAAGGCACCCUUCGAAGGUGGAGGUCAACCGGCAGGUUCGAGUAACAUUGACGGAGUUCAAAGGGAAGAAAAGGAAGAUAUUAAAAUCGUUGACGGUCAACCGGUUCGCGUUGUGGAAGGAAGUUUCUCUUAUAAGAGCCCUGAAGGACUUCCUGUGUCUUUUAAGUACGUCGCCGAUGAAAACGGGAACAAAGCCAGCUUCAAAUUUGGUACAGCCGCUGGAGGUGGUAAUGGAAUUCCUGGAGGUAGUAAUGGAAUACCGACUCCUACGGGUUAUCCACCGAGGGGACCACCCAAUGGCGUUGGCAAUGGAAAGGAACCAGGAAUAUAUUUGCCACCAAGUUCUAAUAAGGACAAGAACGUCGAUAGAAAAUAUCUUCCACCGCAAUAAUCGAUCUUUCUUGUACUAUCCAAUGGCAUCUCAAUUAGAAAGGAUUGAAAAAUGGAUUUCAAUGUAAUCGAUAGAGACGAUCGAUACGACGACUCUUAUACUUUUUAAUUAAGAAAACAAUCCCACGUGAGCUCCAUUUAAAUUGAUGAUAAUUUUAGAGA